CAGCCGGAGAAAUAAUUAGACCCUGGCUGGCGGGUGCGGAAGAGGCCCUGCCGCGACGCAACGUCGUCGAUGGGACAUCAAGAAUGAUUGCAUGGGAUGAUGGUGUGGCCGAAUAGAGCCGGCACCGACAUUUCGUCCUGACACGGCAACGACCAAUCAAGCAGACCCCCGAUUCCGCGGCCAUGAAAGGAUCCGCCAUCUUUGCUCUGCUCGCGGCCACGGCCGCCGCCGCGCCCUUUCCGGGGGCGGCCGAGGAGCCGACCAAGACGCAGCCCCUGGAGAGGCGGGCCACGACCGUCUGCGGGCAGUGGGACUCGGUCCAGACGGGCGGCUACACCGUGUACAACAACCUCUGGGGGAGGGACUCCGGGACGGGCUCGCAGUGCCUGACGGUCAACGGCAUGUCGAACGGCCUCCUGUCCUGGUCGACGACGUGGUCGUGGAGCGGCGGGCCGUACAGCGUCAAGUCGUACUCCAACGCCGUCGCCUCGGCCCCGGCCGCGCGCCUCUCGGCCGUGUCGUCCAUCCCCACGAAGUGGCAGUGGGGCUACUCCGGGUCCAACCUGAUCGCCAACGUGGCCUACGACCUCUUCACCAGCUCAAACUGCGGCACCACGCCCCAGUACGAGAUCAUGGUGUGGCUGGGCGCGCUCGGCGGCGCGGGCCCCAUCAGCUCGACGGGCAGCCCCAUCGCGACGGUAAACGUGGGCGGCACGUCCUGGCGCCUGUACAAGGGCGCGCACUCGGGCAUGACCGUCUUCAGCUUCGUGGCGGCUGGCGGCAACAUUAUGAACUACAGCGGGGACCUGAAUGGCUUCGUCAAGUACCUGACGUCGUCCCAGGGCAUGCCGGCGUCGCAGUGCCUGUACUCGGCCGGCGGCGGUACUGAGCCGUUCACGGGCAGCAACGCAAAGUUCACGACGACCGGGUACAGCCUCUCCAUCUCGGCGGGAGGGUCCGGUGGGGGCGGCGGCGGAGGCGGCGGUGGUGGAGCAUGUGCUGCUCGCUUCGCUCAAUGCGGGGGGCAGGGGUGGACGGGGCCGACGUGCUGUACUGAAGGCACAUGCACCAGAACCAACGAGUGGUACUCGCAAUGUUCCUAG